UUUGACAAGAUCUAGCUUACUUUAACACCUGUUCACACGAACGUGGCUAAAUUAUAGCGUAUGGUUUCCCAUUGCACCCAACGUUGUCGUCUAUGCGGGAAAUUCCUUUGUGCGAAGUCGUGGAGCCCUAGAAUGGGACAGGAGCUGCGAUGGCGCGUCUCCGGCGCUUAGGUCUGGCGCCUUGAUCCAGCUGCUGCGCAUCGGAUCAAGCUCUAGUGCAGCCAUGCCAUCGCUACAGAUCGCUCAGGCCCUCCGGCCUAGCUCAAAGAGGAGAGCGCUAGCGAUCACGGCAGCCGUGCUGAUUGCCGGAGGAGGUUUUGCUUAUGCGAGCUCGGUCUUGGCGCAGAGAAACUCCGCAAGAAAGCUCGUCUCGCAGAAUGGAAUUAUUCCGGAAAGGCCAACCAGUCAGGUCGACGCUAGCAUUGAAGCAAAUAAAUCUACUCGCUCUCGAAAGCCAAGAAAGAGUGGUCUAAAGUCUCUGAAGAUACUUCUUGGCAUUCUGUCUGCCCAGCUCGGGAAUCGUGGGGCGAAGUAUCUUGGCUACCUCGUUGCGAUUGCGGUGUUGAAGACUACACUCAGUAACCGGCUUGCAAGAGUUCAAGGCUUUCUCUUCCGUGCCGUGUUCCUGAAGAGGGUGCCGCUGUUUAUACGUCUUAUAACGGAGAAUGUUAUUCUAUGCCUUCUGCAAUCAGUGCUUAUAUCAACGACGAAGUACCUUACUGGCAACUUGUGCCUGCAUUUUCGGAAAAUCCUUACUGACCGAAUUCACCACGACUAUUUCCAGAACAUGACGUACUACAAGAUGUCUCAUGUGGAUCGCCGUAUUUCCAACCCUGAGCAGCGCAUUGCCAGUGAUAUCCCGAGGUUCUGCACUGAACUUUGCGAUCUGAUACAGGAAAACAUCUCUGCCGUAUUUGACGGACUUCUGUAUACUUGGCGAUUGUGCUCUUAUGCGAGUCCAAAAUAUGCAUUUGGAAUUCUAGGGUAUGUGAUCGGCGCAGGUGUUAUCACCGGGACUUUGUCACCACCUUUCGGGCGACUCAUGUCUACGGAACAACAGCUUGAGGGUGACUACAGGCAACUCCACUCUCGACUAAGAACUCACUCCGAGAGCAUUGCUUUUUAUGGGGGACAGGAAAGAGAGGCAUCGAUCAUCUCUCAAAGAUUCAGAUCGCUCUACAAGCACCUGGGCUCUGUCCUUUACACCCAGUGGUGGUUCGGAAUGAUUCAAGACUUCUUAUUGAAGUAUUUGGGAGCGACGUUUGGUGUUGUUCUGAUCAUUGAACCCUUUUUCGCUGGCACACUGAAGCCUGAUCAUUCGACAUGGGGCCGUGCUUUGAUGCUUAGCAACAUGCGGUAUCACACCAGCGUAAUUAUUUCGCUUUUCCAGUCUAUGGGUGUUCUAGCAACAACUCCACGUAGAUUAUCUCGAAUGAGCGGCUAUGCGGACCGUAUUUACGAGCUUAUGUCAAUUGCAAGAGAUAUAAGAGUGGUUGGUGGAAAUGCUAAACGCAAUAAGGAAACCGGGAGCUAUUUUGUUGAGGCCAACUAUAUCGAGUUUGAGGGAGUAAAGGUAGUCACACCUACGGGAGCUACUUUGGUCGAGGAUUUGACGUUGAAGGUUGAGCCCGGAUCUAAUCUAUUAAUUACUGGCCCGAAUGGAAGCGGCAAGAGCUCGCUGUUUAGAGUUCUCGGGGGCCUCUGGCCCUUAGUGUCUGGUCGAAUUGCAAAGCCGGGAGUAGGCUCGGGCCUGAACCAUGAAAUUUUCUAUGUUCCUCAACGUCCUUACACAUCCAUCGGAACUUUGCGUGAUCAGCUGAUCUAUCCUCUUACUCCAGCCGAAGAAACUCAGCCUCUCACUAUUGACGGCAUGCGCGACCUACUAAAAAACGUUGAUUUGGAAUACCUGCUUGAUCGUUAUCCCUCGAGUCAGGAAGUGAAUUGGAGUGAUGAACUUUCCCUUGGGGAACAACAGAGGCUUGGAAUGGCACGCUUGUUUUAUCACAGACCCGCAUUCGCUAUCUUAGAUGAGUGUACGAGCGCUGUCACGACCGACAUGGAAGAGCGCUUUUGUGCAGAAGUAAGGGCCAUGGGUACCUCAUGCGUGACCAUAUCUCACAGGCCUGCGCUGGUCGCUUUUCAUGAUACAGUUCUAUCUCUUGAUGGCGAAGGUGGAUGGAAUGUACAUUACAAGAGAAAUGCUCCUCCUCUUACCUUGCCGGAGACCACCAAAAUGACUGUUGCAGAGGACGUCACUGAUCGUAAAAGUGACGCUUUUUAUGUUCAGAAACUCUUUUCUGACACGAAGGAUGAUCCUACGCAAGAUUCGAAACCUCAAGAUUCUUACGUUCGUGCAGUUCUUGCAGUUUCUCCUCCACGAAGUUCUGGCAUUGUUCCUUCUGUCCCUCGAUUGCAAAUUGAGCAGCAGAAAAUGCCUGCACGAGUGUCCGCGCUUUUGAAAAUUUUGGUACCAACGCUGUCUGACAAGCAAGGAGCCCAAUUGGUUGCGGUUGCGUUAUUGGUGGUGGGGCGAACGUGGAUUUCUGAUCGCAUUGCCGACCUUAAUGGAACAAGUGUCAGGCAUGUCUUGGAACAGGACAAGUCAGCGUUUAUUCGGCUCACUGGUGUCAGCGUGUUACAAAGCGCUGCUUCAUCUAUCGUAGCACCAUCCUUAAGGUACUUGACAGCAAGACUUUCCAUAGGCUGGAGAAGAAGGUUGACAGAGCAUAUAUCGAAACUUUACUUUAGAAACAACGCGUUUUACAAAGUCGUUAAUCUUUCUCCCUGCACUGACGCGGAUCAACGGUUAACGCAAGAUACGGAAAAACUUUGCGGGGACGUGGCCGGUCUUGUUACUGGCAUGGUAAAACCACUGGUUGACAUCGUAUGGUUUACAUUGCGGAUGAAGAUGCUUACUGGAAAAAGGGGCGUCGGCAUUUUAUAUGCAUACAUGCUACUGGGUCUUGGAUUUCUUCGUUGCAUCACACCUGAUUUUGCGGCUUUAACUAGCCAAGAACAGCAAUUGGAAGGAUCAUUCAGAUACAUGCAUUCUCGGCUCUGCAGUCAUGCAGAGUCCGUUGCUUUCUUUGGUGGCGGAUCAAGAGAAAAGGCGGUAAGUCAGUUGCAUUUGCUUUACGUUUUAUUUAUCGGCUUUCUGCAGGUCAUUGAGCAACGAUUUAACUCUUUGCUAAGACACGAUCGGAAGCUAUUGAAAAAGCGGUGGACAUUUGGAGUGGCAGAUGAGUUUGUCACGAAGCAGCUACCACACAUUGUGACAUGGGCGUUGAGUUUGCUUUACGCUGUGGAACAUACUGGCGAUCGAUCUUCGACUUCUGUACAAGGAGAGCUGGCCCAUGAUUUGCGUUUCCUAGCCUCUGUUGUGUCCCAAAGCUUUCUUGCGUUCGGUGAUAUAUUGGAGCUGUACAGAAAGUUUCUUGAGUUGUCUGGGGGAAUUGCCAGAGUAUCAGAGUUGGAGGAACUUGUUCGAUCUGCACAACACGAGGCCAAACCUGCCUGUACAUCUUCUACAGAUCCUCUAAAACUGAUAGAAGAAACUCGAAUUUCGUCAAAGUCAUUGCUACUCGAAGAUAACGACGAGAUUAUUUUUUCGGACGUGGACAUUGUUACUCCGUCGCAGAAGAUGCUUGCCAGAAAGCUAUCGUUCAGGGUACAACCAGGACAGAGCAUGCUGAUAACUGGACCAAAUGGGAGUGGUAAGAGUUCGCUCUUUCGUGUCCUUGGUGGACUGUGGCCGAUUGUUAGUGGAUGCGUAUCGAAGCCUGGGAAGAUUGUCACUGACAACACCAGUAUUGAAGUAAGCACCGGCUUAAGUCGAGAAAUAUUUUACGUGCCUCAGCGCCCGUAUACGGCCUUGGGAACUCUCCGGGAUCAAAUCAUCUAUCCCUUGACGCUCAACGAGGCAAUCAUCAAAGUUCUCCAUGAAGCGAAGAAAGGUGAUGCAAGUUUGGGAGUGGACCAUGUCGAUUCCACUAAAGAAGCCACGGAGCUUCUCGAUUCAAAGUUGCGGUUUAUAUUAGAAAACGUCAGGCUCGUGUAUUUGUUGCAGAGAGAAGGUGGCUGGAACACUCCCGCUAACUGGGAAGACAUGCUGUCGCUGGGAGAACAACAACGCCUUGGAAUGGCGCGACUCUUCUUCCAUCAUCCGAAGUUUGGAAUUCUGGACGAAUGCACCAAUGCUACGAGCGUGGAUGUGGAGGAAGGCCUCUACAAGCAGGCUCACGCACUGGGCAUCACGAUCGUCACAAUCUCCCAGCGUCCCGCCCUCAUUCCAUACCACUCAAACGAGCUCCGCCUGGUCGAUGGAGAAGGAAGCUGGGAGCUGCGAUCUAUUAAAUCAACCUGAGCAUAGAGCUGUGUAAAAAAGAAAACGAAUCGAUUCAGGGCAACUCACUGUACACAAUACAAGACACUGGAAUCCAGAGCAGUAGCAGCGCUCAAAAGCAAGCAUCCAGAAGGCAGCAGCAGCACAUUGCUGCUAGGCUGCACCAGUAAAACCAGAUUAUUAUUCUUUUCUUCUCCUUUUUUCCUUGGAUCUUAGAUGGUUCUUAAGCUCUGUGGUUUUUUUAGAAACUUACCAUCCUUCCAGGCAGCCAA